UCUUUCUUUUUUUCUUUCUCUCUCGGUCACUAAAACGUAGCGUUAUUUUGUAAACGUGUAAGUUUUUUGUCUGACCAGGGUUGAGAUGGCUCGCUGUCCACAUUGGGCAAAUCUGUCAAGUGGUCAAACUUGUAAAAUGUGCAUUAAAAAUACUUCAGCUGGCGUUAAGCGCUUAGACAUUUAAGUCAUAUCCGCGUAAUCAUCCCGUUUAGCUUCACACGUUCAAUUAGAUUCUGCAUCAGUCAGGUAGAAAUCAGAAAACACGUGAUGUGAAGGAAAAAAACGUGACGUGAAGCUAAAUUGUUGCAGUCCAUAUGAAAACGGACUGUACUGGCAAGCCGUUGUGUCGAGUAAUGGUUUCAACCAGCCACCUCAAUUGUUUUUUAAAGACAAAUAUGGCAGAGGCAGACCGACCAGGAAAGCUGUUCAUAGGUGGCCUGAACACUGAAACGACUGAAAAAGCUCUUGAGGGCUAUUUCAGCAAGUUUGGCCGAAUAUCUGAAGUUCUAUUGAUGAAAGAUCGUGAAACGAACAAAUCCAGGGGCUUUGCUUUUGUCACAUAUGAAAAUCCUGGUGAUGCCAAAGAUGCUGCAAGGGAAAUGAAUGGAAAGGCCCUGGAUGGUAAACCCAUCAAAGUAGAGCAGGCCACAAAGCCACAGUUUGAAUCAUCAGGCCGCCGUGGCCCACCAUCAAUGCACCCACGCAGUCGUGGCCCUCCCCGAGGCCCACGAGGCUCCAGAGGUGCACCUAGUGGAAUGCGGGGACCACCAAGCAGAGAACCUUUCUUUAAAGGGAUGUCCUCCAGAGGUCCACCUCCGUUGAAAAGGGGACCGCCAGUGCGUAACGGAGGGCCGCCACCAAAAAGAUCAGCACCAUCUGGGCCAAUGGGCAGACCCCCAAUGUCAAGGGACCGGGAUCCUUAUGGUCCUCCUCCUCCCCGCAGAGAAUCACUUAUGUCAAGGAGGGAUGACUAUCCAUCACCACGUGAUGACCAUUACAAUACUAAAGACAGCUAUUCCAGCCGGGACUACAUGAGCUCACGAGACAGCAGGGACUAUGCCCCUCCACCACGUGACUACUCAUACCGCGAGUAUCCAUCCCAGUCCAGUUCCAGAGAUGAUUAUGGUUCAGCAUCUAGAGGCUACAGUGAUCGUGAUGGUUAUGGAGGAGGUAGAGAACCCAGGGGCUAUAUGGAGCGGCCAAGCGCAGGCUCCUAUAGAGACCCCUAUGACGGUUACGGUAAUUCGCGCAGUGCCCCACCCUCAAGGGGUCCCCCUCCAUCCUACAGUGGGAGUGGCGGAAGCAGUCGCUAUGACGACUAUGGGAGCAGUUCCCGGGAUGGAUAUGGCAGUCGCGACAGUUAUCCCAGCAGUCGGAGUGACCCAUACUCCGCUAGCCGUGGUGAGCGACUGGGCAGGCAAGAGCGGGGCCCGGCCCCUCCACUAGAAAGAGGCUACCCUCCUCGUGAAUACAGCAGCUCAAGUCGUGGCGCGCCUCGGGGUGGCGGCCGCGGAGGCAGUCGGGCAGAUAGAGGAAUGGGCCGCAGUCGAUACUGAAAUGGACUCGGUGUGACGAAAGGGUCAGCUUAAAUUGUGGGGCAUUCUACAUGUGCAGAGAAAAUGGAGUCAAUUUUUAACCUAUAUGAACUUCAAGCUUCAGUUUCAAGCUGUACCCAGACUUGUGAAGUUUUUUUUUCCUUUUUAUAUGUAAGUUUUUCUUUUUUUUUCUGCCCGUCUCCCAUUUAAUGGUACUGUUGCCAAUUUAAGUGAUGAGUGUUAGUUUUUGUAUCUUAGUGAUGUUAAACCUGCAAUGCCCGAAAGUAUGGUUUUCAUUUACAAAUAAAAUUUUUAAUCCAAGAGCUUGCGCAACACUACUGUUCAAAGAGGACCAUGGAACCAUUGAAACUUGUCAGCUCAGUGCCUCAGACAUUCAUGGUGAGGGGAAACAAAAAAAAAUUUAUCCAGUUUAGAUUGUGGAAAAUAUUCUUGUUGACAUUGUUCAGUCUGUUGAGAACAAGAGAAAUGUCACUUUGCCAAACUCUUUAUCAGUAUAGUUUUUCUCAGUGCAAACGGAUCCCUCAUCGUAAAGUAAACUUUGACGGCUUGCAACGACCAAUCCAAAGACAAGCAAAAUGCAAGAAACAAUUCAACACGAGAUUAAACGUGUCAACAGCUGGUAAGCAAAGCAAACCCUUUUGUCUCUGGUCUAAGUGAAGUUAACUCGAUGGUUUGAGUUUCAGUCUCAACUACAGGUUAAACAUCAAUCUUGCCUCUUCUGACCUUACGAAUGCUAUGCUGCAAUCUAACACCGUACAGUUAUCAUACUUGAACAACUUUUAACACAAAAAUCAACCCUGCAACCAAAGGAGUCUGUAUAAUCUUACAAACCCAAUGGAGUUCAUUGAGUUAAAAGGCCCAUAGUUUCAGGAACGAAUGGCAACCAAAAAUUGCACAUUCUCAAGAAGGAUAAUCUGAUGGAUUUUUUUUUUUUUUUCUUCCUUUUUGCCACCUCUCCAACAUCACAUUGCAAAAGACAAAUGGCUCUUUGAGGAUAUUAAGAUGAAACCUUCCACCAAAGGACUAUUUCCUCAAUGUAGUAUAAGUUCCCCCAGACACCCCCCCCCCCCCUCCCCAAUUACAAAUCCAGACCAUUAUUUCAGUGGACCUAUAUUGAACUUGUAGAAAGUUGCCUUAGGUUUUAACAAAAGCCAGAGCCACUCACAAGCAUGCCCAUCCUAACAAAGGAGACAACUUGGAAAGACCCAGUUCUGUCGUUCAGCCUGGAAAGUAACUGGAAGCUCAAUAAAAUUGGACCAUUUGAUUUGUUUGAGAAACUUAUUCAUAAUUACCCUUUCAUUGCUAUAGCAGGAUAUUAAUUGGAUCUGUUUCUUGUUGCAGGAUGAACAUGAUGGGAAUGUGAAUGAUCAUAGCUGCUUCAAAGCUCAUGGCCACUUAUGGGUUUUGUUUUUUUUUGGCCAUGUGCAGUAGAUUCUGCUUCAAGCAGAUCAAACGCAGGGCUGACCAGGUGGGAGUCCUUUAGAUGGAGCUGAACACACAUGUGGAGUGAUGUUUGAUGCAUUUUAUUUAAAUAAAUAUUUAAAAUGAUC